AUGAGUGUGAGGGCUCAGCUUCCCAUUGGGUAUGAGUGUGAGGGCCCUGCCUGCGUGUCUGAGUGUGAGGGCCCUGCCUGCGUGUCUGAGUGUGAGGGCCCUGCCUGCGUGUAUGAGCGUGAGGGCCCUGCCUGCCUGUCUGAGUGUGAGGGCCCUGCCUGCGUGUCUGAGUGGCACAGCUUCCCAUUGGGUCUGAGUGUGAGGGCACAGCUUCCCAUCGGGUAUGAGAGUGAGGGCCCUGCCUGCGUGUCUGAGUGUGAGGGCCCUGCCUGCGUGUAUGAGCGGCCGUGUCUGUGUGUGAGGGCCCUGCCUGCGUGUCUGAGUGUGAGGGCCCUGCCUGCGUGUCUGAGUGUGAGGGCCCUGCCUGCGUGUCUGAGUGUGAGGGCCCUGCCUGCGUGUCUGAGUGUGAGGGCCCUGCCUGCGUGUCUGAGUGUGAGGGCCCUGCCUGCGUGUCUGAGUGUGAGGGCCCUGCCUGCGUGUCUGAGUGUGAGGGCCCUGCCUGCGUGUCUGAGUGGCCCUGCCUGCGUGUCUGAGUGUGAGGGCCCUGCCUGCGUGUCUGAGUGUGAGGGCCCUGCCUGCGUGUCUGAGUGUGAGGGCCCUGCCUGCGUGUCUGUGUACAGAACCCUGCUGCAUGCCCUCCAACCUGCAUGUCUGUACUAA